AUUGGUUCCCUUCAGAGGCACUCCCCGGUGCGCGAGCCUCUCGCUUCUGCUUUUAAGUAGUUUGGGCAGCGCGGGACUGGUCGGCGAGCGUGUGCUUUUCAUCGCUUGUUUUGUCCUUAUUUUUCAAAGCAACAAGUAAUCUUGCGCAAACGAGAUCGGAGAUUUGGACGGCGAUAAUAUACAGCUGCAUUUUGUUUGGCGGCAUGCAGUAGAAGGCAAAGUCCGUAUGUGUGUAAAACAGAUCUUCUGUUCAAACAAUGAAGAGUACAAGAUGGGAAAUUCAUAUGCUGGGCAACUGAAGACAACCCGUUUUGAAGAAGUUCUGCACAAUUCUAUUGAAGCUUCUCUUCGUUCAAACACCUUGGUCCCCAGGCCUGUGUUUUCCCAGUUAUAUCUCGAGGCUGAACACCAAUUAGUCUCUAAUUUUGAAGCUUGCAAAAGAUCAGGCAACGAAGAGGAGGAGGAGGAAGAGGAGGAAGAGGAUGAUGGCUCGGAGUCCAGUAGCCCUCUCGUUCAUUAUCAAAUGAAGGCUCCCCCAGAAGGAUGUUGUACCACUGAUGGCUUCUGUCAGGCAGGAAAGGACUUGCGACUAGUUUCUAUAUCAAAUGAGCAGAUUGAGCUGCCAUCAGGAUUCUUGCUAGUUGGUGCCAAGUCUCCUAACCUUCCUGAGCACCUUUUAGUCUGUGCUGUGGAUAAGAGAUUUUUACCAGAUGACAAUGGUCGAAAUGCUCUGUUGGGUUUCUCUGGAAAUUGUGUUGGCUGUGGCGAGAAAGGAUUUCGGUACUUCACAGAGUUUUCCAAUCAUAUCAACUUGAAGUUGACCACGCAGCCCAAGAAACAAAAGCACCUAAAAUGCUAUCUGGUUAAGAAUGCACAGGGCAGUCUGACUAAAGGGCCCUUAAUCUGUUGGAAGGGCACAGAGGGCAGGACACAGCAAUCGGGCUCUAGUUCCACCUCUAGUGUUCCCUCACAACCUCCCGAGAGCCCAGCCUCAUCCACUACAGUGUCGUCAGCAGAAAGCAUUGCUGGAACUAAUCAAAGUAUGUCAACUGGAUUUCAGCAAGCAGGUUCACCAGCAGAUCAGGCUCUUGCUCGAGCUGCUCCAGGAGUUUCUGUAACUCAUAACAACAGAGAAUCAUCCAGACACCAAAAUGCAAUGAAAGUCAACAAUGUACCCACGCAGAAUAUGUCAAGGCCUUCAGUAAUAGGCAACUUAGCUAAUUCAGGUCCUCCAAAGAAGCGCCACAGGGGUUGGUCACCAGAUUCCCCAUCAGCAGCAGAGACGAGCUCCAUUCAGAGCAAUCCACCUCCUCAGAAUUCAGGAAACAAAACUGAACAUGUGGAAAUGACUUGCAUGACUCAGUCCAGCCAUUUGGGACCAGCUCCUUCUCCACUUACAGCUUCCGAGGAGCCUGUGGUUGUACCUGACAAUUUACUUAAAAUUUGCGGGACCCGACCUGUAAUCUUUAAAGGUCAUGGAAGCUUUCCUUACCUUUGUGGUAAUCUGAAUGAUGUAGUGGUCAGUCCAUUGCUGCAGAAUUGCUAUGGAAACACACAGUCUUUACCCAGAGUAUAUGAGCAGCAUUGUACAUCUGUGACCAUGGUAAUGUCUGUCGAGAUGCAGAUCUUACUAACAGUGUACUAUCUAGUUCAACUUGAACCAGACCAGGUCCCUUUGAUUGAGGAUUUGGAACAUGUAUUGGUGAGAGCAUGGCAGGAACCGAAUCUUACCGAAACCAAACAUUACCAGCAAGCAGUUUCUCAGUUAGGACCAUAUGUGUCGUCACAGGCCUUGGUGGUCACCCCAAGUCAGCUCACCUGGUUGGCCAAAUUAGCAGCCAGUUCCUGCAAGGAUGUUGUCAAGAUCAUUGACUGGACAAAUUCAUUGGCAGAAGGCCUUACAGAAACAUUUAAACUUCUUGGUGAGGGUCAAUUACAAGGAAAGAAUUUUGUGGUAAUCAUUUGCACCACUAAGAACCAAAGCACUGAGUCGUGUGUGGUGGUAACAGGGAAACGUCAGGCUGGAUUUUUGGCUGGAAGAAUGCUCGGUCCAAAAGAGCAUCUGAAAGAAAUUAACUAUCAGCUUGUCACUGGGAAAAUUGGGGCACUAGGGACUUUCUUCAGCAACCUUUGUCCAGAUGGAGAUCUCGACACACUCUUAGAAAAGUGCAGUCUGGUGGAGAAUGACCAAGGUUCUGGUUUCAUAGCUUCAUUAAAGAAAUUUGAUGAUGCCUCAGUUCAAAGACCAACAAUUUGUUCAGCUACAAUUUCAAACAAGGAAACGUGUCAGAUUCAUCCCAUGCAACUUGCUGUGGCUCGAAAGCUAUUAUCUCAUGUCUGCGCUAUUGCUGAUUCCAGCACGCAAAAUCUGGAUCUGGGCUCCUUCGAGAAGGUGGACUUCCUUAUUUUGGUGCCUCCAUCAGAAGUGGCUUACCAGCAGACAGUGCUGCGUGUGAAGCGGUCAGGGAUCUUGGUUGAACUUGGAUUGGAGGCAGAAUCUGUUGCAGAUCAGUGUGCAGAACAUUAUGUAAUGAAGCUUACUGCUGAAGCUCAGAGCAAGUUUGAAGCUUUUCAGCAAAGAGUAUUAAACAGCCCUUACACACUAUUCAUACUGAUCCACGACCAUGCACACUGGGAUUUGAUGAGUGGAGGAGCAGUUCCACGAAGUGAACCAUUCCUGGGCGUAGCAGACAGAAUCGUAAACUGCAGAGAAAUGAAAGAAGCUCUGAAUGUCUUAACACUCCAAGUUACGUCUUUCCCCUUUGCUUUCCAAACACAGCAGACCUACAUCAGCCCCUAUAAUGAGAUCCAUUGGCCAUCAUCCUGGAACAAUAGAGUGGACUUGUAUCAGGAAAACAACAAGUACUUUGGGCUUUCAGACUUCAUUGAUUCCACGUACUCUGGUCACAGGCUUCCAUUGUUGAGAUAUGACAGUUCAUUUGAGGCAAUGGUUAAUGCAGUACAAGAAAGGUUUCCCACGAUACACCGCGCAGUGAUCUGGACAUAUAUUUUAAUUCAGCAUUACUCUGCAGCCAUGAUGGUAACAGCAGGGCACUCGCAGAUGAAGAACUACUCUUCUGUGGAAACACUGGAGAUAAUUCAGAGCCUUAUUAACUCCGCAAGGAGCUGCCCAAGUAGUCAUAGUUACAUGGUUUUACUCAGGAUUCCCUCUGUUUCUCUGGCAGCACUGGCUUAUGAACGAUUAUGUCAAGUUAGGUGCCGUCUGGGCCUGCAGUAUAGAUUUGAAAUCAUCCUUGGGACACCAAAUGCAAAGAUCACUAUUGACCAGCACUUUCUGACACAACUGAAGGGCUGGCAAAGGAUAGAAGAUCCUGAUUGGGCACCUCAAACCUACUUGGAUCUUGAAGACCUGCCGUGCAUACUUAUCCUGUCUGGCACUGAUCAUUACGGAGAAUCUUUUCCAAGAUCUGCAAAGUACUACGACUUGCGUUUAAUAAAUUCAACUUGUCUUUUGCGAACUGCUUUGGAACAAGAACUGGGUCUGGCUGCUUGUUACAUAGUCCCCGAUGCCACUGGGCAGACAGGAACACUGAAUGAUCUCUCUGAGAGUGACUUGGAUAAGCCAGGCAGCACUGAUGAUGAUGAAGACAGUGUUGCAAUUGAAGGCAAAUCAGAUAACACUAAGCAGAUGUCUAUACAUGAGAUUAAGCAUUCGGAAAAGCAAAGAAUUAACAUAGGUCAAAUUAACACCAACAACAAAAGCUCAAGGAGAACCUCAAAGACAAUUUCUUCAGACUCUUCCUCAACUCAGACUCCCAUUAUAGGACAGAUAUCAUCCCAAUGCCCAAAGGCAAAAGCAGCCAGUCAACCACCAACUGUGUUUCUCCCAAAAUUGGUCUAUGAGAUAGUUACUAAAGUGGACAAUGCUGGAGUGGCCAAAUUAUCAUCCUUUCUUCCUCACCAUUCCGUUCAAUGGAUUACCCCCUUUCAUCCUUCAUUAGCUAAAAUGAUGACCUCCACUGAGCAAUCCCUUUACUAUCGCCAGUGGACAGCAGCUAAACAAAACCAUAUGGAUUUUAACAAGGUGCAGAGUAGAACUGAGAUGUUUCAUCCCCGCAGGCUUCUGCUGAAUGGUCCACCACAGGUGGGGAAGACGGGAGCUUAUCUACAGUUCCUUAAUAUUCUGUCGAGGAUGUUGAUUCGACUGAUGGAAGUAGAUGUUUAUGAUGAAGAAGAAAUUAAUCUCACUAAAGAACAUCCUGUAUCACAACAGGAAGAAAGCUUACUGUGGCCUGAUUUGGAAACUUUCAGUAAAUUGCUAUUUGAUUACACGGUCCAUGAUCCAAAGUAUGAAGAUGCCAGUCCAGUUUAUUCAAGGGACCUUGCCAACGAUAAAGGAUAUAUAGCCAAUAAGAAAGAUGACGACAUCUAUCUGCGGCGCCAUACAACACGUAUAAGGUUAUCCAAGUAUGCUGCCUAUAAUACUUACCACCACUGUGAGCAGUGUCAUGAAUACAUGGGUUUCAAUCCCAGAUGCCAGCCAUAUGAUUCCACACUCCAUGCCUUCACCUUCUCCUGUUCAAUGCUAGGAGAGGAAGUCCAACUCCACUUCAUUAUUCCCAAAUCAAAAGAACAUAAUUUUAUUUUCAGUCAACCUGGAGGGCAGCUGGAAAGUAUGAGAUUGCCUCUUGUUACUGACAAGAAUUCAGAUUGCAUAAAGAGUCCCGUCUUUACACCAACGACUGGACGUCAUGAACAUGGUCUCUUCAAUCUGUAUCACGCUAUGGACGGUGCUAGCCAUUUGCAUGUGCUGGUUAUCAAGGAAUAUGAGAUGGCAGUCUACAAGAAAUAUUGGCCAAACCACAUCAUGCUAGUCCUACCCAGCAUCUUCAAUACUUCUGGAGUUGGCGCAGCUCACUUUUUGAUUAAAGAGCUGUCCUACCAUAAUUUGGAACUGGAACGUAAUCGUCAAGAGGAGCUUGGAACUAAACCCCAAGAUGUGUGGCCAUUCAUUAUCAUUGCAGAUGACUCUUGUGUGAUGUGGUACAGUCUUAAUACUGAAAUCCCCAAGAACUCUACCAGUGUACCUGCUGAACAAAAGCUUGUAGAGAGAAAUGUUUCUUUGAAGCAUGUACUCCAGCAUAUUGAGGCAACUACUCAGAUCCCACACUAUGCCCUUUGUGGGAUCCGAAAGUGGUCCAGUAGAGUAAGCAGUCCACACCUCACAGAGCCCUUCUCUCGAUGUCAUCUGCAUGACUUUUUGAUGCUGAAUGUGGAUUUGACACAAAAUGUCCAAUACAAUCAGAACAGAUUUACCUGUGAUGAUGUAGAUUUCAACCUCCGAGUCCAUAGUGCUGGUCUUCUCAUCUGUCGUUUUAAUCGCUUCAGUGUUAUGAAGAAACAAAUUGCCAUUGGCGGACACAGGACCUUUCUCAUCAAGUCAAAGGUCCCUAACGUACCAAUGUCCAUUUCUCCAUCUCAGUAUAUCUGUGCUCCAGACAGCAAACACACAUUUUUAGCUGCACCAGCCCAGUUACUACUUGAAAAAUAUCUGCAGCAGACCAGCAACAAUCUUUUUCCAUUGUCUGUGAGGAACUACAGUCAUCCAGUGCUGUCAGUAGAUUGUUAUCUUAACCUGGGACAAGAGAUUACAGUCUGCUUUGUGAGUUCCCGUCCUCAUUCUUUAAACAUCAACUGUUCCGACCUUGCUUUCAGUGGGCUCCUCCUGUAUCUCUGUGACUCAUUUGUCACAGCGAGUAUUUUGAAAAAAUUCCAUUUUCUGAAAGGUGCCACAUUGUGUGUCAUUUGUCAAGAUCGUAGUUCCCUUCGGCAGACUGUUGUAAGACUGGAGCUGGAGGAUGAGUGGCAGUUCAGGUUAAGAGAUGAAUUCCAGACAGCUAACUCACAAGAGGACAAGCCACUCUUUUUUCUGACUGGACGACACAUCUGAGGAAAUGAACAUUCUCUGGUAAAACGUACACAAGAAAAUAAGCACUCCAGAAGUAACAAUUUUCUUUGAGCCAUGAACAUAUUUCAAUGUGUAAAACAGUGUUUUUCUUUUAAAAAAUGAAGAGAAUGGUACCAAAUCAAAUGUAAAUACUGAUACCCAUCAAGAAAAAUUCUCAU